AUGUUGAGUUCAGAGCUCGAUCUCGGCUAUUUUGAACGGUUAACGAUCGAGUCGCGUGUCGCCGAGGUCAUCGAGCAACUCUAUGCAAGCCCUCAACUCCGACAAGUCUUUCGCCUUAAUGGAAAUGUGGCCUUCGAAAACCAUGCGAACACAUUGACGGACAAAUCAAACAUAGUUGCCGAUAUGGGAUCCCUAAGCUUGGCGCAGGAACAACCGCGUCGCUCAGGGCGAUUGACCGCGAAGCAGUCCCAUAAGUCUCGACUACCGCUCCCGGCUCAGCCAGUUGUGAAACACCAAGGGCUUGCGCCGCAAAAGCCUUCUCGACCCCGAGCGGACCAGUUUUGUGUGUACAACAAAGGCCCCGAGGAAAAGGUUCCGGCCUUCAUUGUCGAAUACAAAGCGCCACAUAAGCUCACGCUCGCUCAUAUAAAAGCGGGGCUUCGGGAAAUGGAGUUGGACCAGGUGGUCCGUUAUCAGGAAGCUGAGAAGCCAGAAGAAACUUGCCAACGCGUUGUGGCUGCAGUCAUCACACAGGCAUUUUCCUACAUGAUCAAUGGCGGGAUGGAGUAUGGAUAUGUGUGUACUGGCGAAGCAUUUAUAUUUAUUCGUGUUCCACACGACGAUCCUUCCACUGUAUACUAUUAUCUAUCAGUGCCGAGAGAAGACGUUGGUGAUACAACUGGAUGGACCGGUAACCCAAGUGACGAUAACAGAUUACACUUGACAGCACUCGGCCAGGUGUUGGCCUUUACCCUCCGUGCUUUGCAAACACCGCAACGGGGUAUCCAGUGGCAAAACUGGGCAGCGAACAAACUGGACAGAUGGGAAAUGGUAUAUGACGACCUUUGGGCUGAAAUAUCGGUGCUGGAUGUGCCCUCUUCAGUAUUCAAAUCCCCACAGAGCAGAAGCAAAUACUGUCGUGUGUCUCCUGUCAAGACACGAUCAAAGUCUACUAUUGCAGGUUUCUCGUCCUGCACUCCGUUGGAAGCUCGGAGCUCAUCCGAGUCUGAUGAUUCCCCCGACGGAUCUGACCCAAACACCCCGAGUCGACAGCCCCAGGCUUCUCGCUUCGCCGAUUCUUCAGCCUUGUCGCCAUCAUCAGCCGCAACAAUGCCACGAGAUGGAUCUUACUCAAAGGGCAAGUCUCGCCAGUAUUGUACACAACGGUGCCUCUUAGGCUUGGUCACAAGAGAAACAUUGGAUCAAAAAUGUCCCAAUGUGCUGGAUCAUGGAGUUGGUCGACAUACAAUCAGUCAGGCGACACUCAUUCGUCUCUUGGAUCGGCAACUUUCCCGACAUGACCCGCGGCCUGAUUUGGAUAUAGGAUGUGAGUCCUUGCAUAUUCAUGGCACACGCGGAGCCCUUUUUAAAGUGACCUUGUUGUCUCAUGGGUAUACUUUCGUUGGCAAAGGUGCGCCUAUCGAGUUCGUCGAACACGCCCAACAUGAGGAGUGCGUGUAUUCGCGUCUUCGUCCAAUACAGGGGGUGCACGUGCCAGUUCUACUAGGUGGCCUAGCUCUCCGUCAACCAUUCUCUUACGACGGCAUCGCGGAGAUUGUGCAUUUGAUGUUGAUGGGCUAUGCGGGCGGUACGCUGGCUAAGCGACACGGAAUCGAUCAAAAUUGGCUAAUUCAACAAGCCGAGAUCUCGCUACAUGCUAUUCACGGACUAGGCGUGCUCCAUAAUGACCCAAUCCCCGGGAACACGGUCUGGAAUGAGGACAGUGGUCGGGUAAUGUACAUUGACUUUGAGCGGGCGCAGUUCCAAGACAGACGAGCUCCACUGGAAUCGAUGUCGCCAAAUCAAAAACGCAAGCAAGCGACCCAGUCAUGGGGAAAGACUCCUAACAAGCGCUCUAGUUGCUUUGAUCGUGAAACUCGGCGCAUGAGGCAAGCCUUACGAUGGUAA